AUGGAUGAUAUCAAGUUUCCUAAGAACUUUGUCCUGUCUCGGGACAAUAUGCAUGCGAUUUUUGACGCUUUUGGGGAUGGGCGUUCAGUGACUGAAAUUGCUGCGGAGAUGGUUCAAUCUGCUUCCUCCAAGAAGGUUAGCCGACCUCCUGCCAAAGCUUCUUCUAGAGCUUUGAAGCCGAGCUCCCGCAGCGCCAAGCCGUCUAGCCGCGGUGGGUCGAGCUCAACUCUUAGGCCUGCUGGAGGGUCUAGGUCUGCCCCAGCUUCCUCGGAGGGCGUGGGAGGAACCUUUCUUCCUAUUGUGGAGCAGACCCCUACCGUUGAACAAGUAGAGCAGGGUAUUGCCCAUUCUCCUGGAGGGGUGUCAGGGGAAAAAUCUGAGUUCCCUGUUACUAAAGACAAGGAGGCCUCUGGGACAGGAAUGGAGAUCAUCCUCCUAGAUGACCAAGUCUCAGAGGUUUCUGCUCAAAAUGCCCCUGCCUCUGUGAGGAUUGGAUCUGAGGGCGCUCUACCGAAGACCGGGGAUAAACGCCCAGCCCUAUCCGAAACAUCUGCUCCAUCUCCAGCUUGGAAGAAAUCCAAGGCUGCCACAGGACCUUCUCCAGCUCUUCCUCCCCUUGGGAAAAAGAAAGGUGUUCCUGCUGUGCCUUCAUUGUCUCCUUCCGGGAACGUUCUAAACCGCCGGAUUGAGGAGGCGCGUCUGGAAGAGAACUUAUCUGCAACCAGUGAUGCAAGGGGUAAUCUGGUAGCUGCUCGAGAGCAAAUCCAGUCCCUCCAGGGGGAGCUGCGUUCGGCGCUAGAGGCCCUUAAAAAGGCUGAUGAAAAGGCGGCUGAGACAGCAGGGUAUACCAAGUCUUUAGAAGCAGAGCUGUCUCAGACUCGUGAGGUUCUCAGAGUGUCUGAUGAGAGGGCAGCUGCUUUGGAGGUUCGCUGCGAAGGGGUUUUAAAGCAGCUGUCUUCUGUGACAGAGGCCCUUAGCGAAAGGGAUGAGGCCGUGAGGCAAAAAGCUGAGGUCCAGCAGCAAUAUGGGGUCUUAAAGGCUGAUUUUGAAGAGCUUCAAGCUCAACUGGAGGAAGCGAAGGCUCAGAAGGAAGCAACCCUAGCUCGGGUGGAGUGCAUAGCGAAAUAUCAGGAGUCGGAUGAGCUGAAAAGGAAGAUCGAGCAGGCCUGUGAGGCUCACCUCCAGGACUACAAGGACUCUUCCGAGCUUAAGGAAUUUGUGGCUGAGGCCUGCGAAGCACAUCUUAAUGAGUAUAAAGCUUCUGGUGAAAUGGGAGCGGCUGUUCUUAAGAAAGCCUUCCGCAUAUAA